GAAUACACAUCAUGUGAUUGGGCCUGCCAUGCCAUAGCUGCUCGCUAGAAUUUUUAACAAGUGUUGCAACCUUCAAAAAAGUGGCGAAUAUAGAGGCCAAGCUGUUUUCUUCAUUAAAUAAUUUUUUUAACACAUCACCUAUUGUCACUCAAAUUAAAGAUUUGAUGACAAGGCAGACUACGUUGCCAGAUCAACCGAAAAAUGGCAGAAUUUCAUCAAUGGAGGAAACGCAAAGAAGAUGCAAAAUAUUUCGUGAAAAAAAUGAUGAGCAAGCUCAGAAUACGAUGCUAUCGUCAAAACACAGCGGCGUAUCAAAAAGUCAAAUGAAAGAGUUUCGGGAAGCCUUUCGUCUUUUUGACAAGGAUGGAGAUGGCUCAAUCACCAAGGAAGAGCUGGGAAGGGUUAUGAGAUCCCUGGGUCAGUUUGCUAGAACUGAAGAGCUACAACAGAUGCUACAAGAGGUUGAUGUAGACGGUGAUGGCAAUGUCAGCUUUGAAGAGUUUGUAGACAUUGCUUGGACUGCUGGUGCUGGUUCUGGUCCAGACCACAUUCUAUCCAGAGAAGAGGAAGAGAAGGAAUUGAGGGAUGCUUUCAGGGUUUUUGAUAAGCAUAACAGAGGGUACAUUACCGCUUCGGACUUAAGAGCAGUCCUUCAGUGUUUGGGAGAAGACCUAUCAGAAGAGGAAAUUGAGGAUAUGAUCAAAGAGGUAGACGUUGAUGGUGAUGGUCGCAUAGACUUCUAUGAAUUUGUCAAUGCUCUUGGUGAACCUGGAACUGAAGACAGUUUAGAUGAAGAAGAAGAUGAUGUCAAUGGUUAUUGAGAAAAAAUGUGAUUUUUGGAAAAUAUAUAGGCAUAUCUUACACUACUCGUAAAAUAAUUUUAAUAUUUUAUCUUCCAAUAAUACACUCACAGGCAAAAAAGUUAUUUGCGAUUGAAAU